UUACUCACAGUUUUAUUCACAAAUCUUCGGAAGGAUGUUCGCAUCACUUUCCCCUUAAAUUCUUGUCAACUUCAGGCUAUUGUGUCACCCAGUGAAAGUUCUGUGGGAAAACAAUCGUAUUAUGUAAUUCCAAUCGGGGCUCCGACAAGAAAAUCAAUCGACCCUUCUGACAAGCUGAAAUAUGAACCUACAGGAUGUGGUUCGAAAAGUACAAACUAUUUUCCGUUAUCCUUACAUUUUCACUACUAGUUAUUGUUGAAAUAUUCGCCUCGUCGCAGGGAAGAGUAGUAGGGAAAUGGGCAAAUACGUUGGGAAGAGAUUUGUGGGAUUUAGGAGGAAGAAUAACCAAAUAUUCAGAGAUCGAACAGAGAUAUCACCUCCUCAAUGCUCAGGUAGAAGAAAAGGAUCCAAUGGAUCUCCUGGAUAAUAUUGUUGAAGUUAUAACGCGUAUGAUGGAUAGAAAAAUGGAUGCAGUGCAGUGCAUUGUACAUAUGGCGGAGAAUAAAUCAGAAACUUUCGAGUAUGAUAAAAACAUCACUCAUUAUUACUAUAACUCCAAGUAUUCCCCUAUACAAGGCCAGAACAGCACCACAUACGAUCUUAAAGUUCUCAAUGACAAUCUUUAUAGAUAUAAAACAUUAACAUUGAAUGAAGACACUCAUUUCUAUAAUAUACCUGUAAAUACUACCCACAGCUCCGUUCAUGUGCCAACACAAAUCUUCGAUCUUCAUGAAGACCCUGCUGUGGCAAUUCAGUGGUCGGAAGCUUUGGAUAAGGUUUUCAUACAAAACUAUCAGUCAGAUCCUUCUCUUACCUGGCAAUAUUUUGGCAGUUAUUCGGGAAUUAUGAGGCAUUAUCCAGCAAAAUCUUGGCCUUCUGACACAACUGAUCUAUUCGAUUGUCGCAUUAGAACAUGGUUCAUUGAAGCCGCAACAUGUACAAAAGACAUAAUAAUACUUCUUGACAAUUCAGGAUCAAUGGAUGCGAUGGGAAAGCAUUUAGGGGUCCUGACAGCAUCAAGUAUCCUUGAUACAUUAUCUAACAAUGACUAUGUCAAUAUAUUGAACUAUACUGAUGGAAAAAGCAACUACACAAUAGAAUGUUUCAAAGAUUUGUUAGUUCAAGCAACCGAAGAGAACAUAAAAGUUUUCAAAGAUGAACUUCAGAAACUGAAACCUAUGAACAAAACUGAUAUAACUGUUGGUCUAGAAACUGCUUUUCAACUGUUAGCACACUACCGCGAAAAUAUUCGACACUGCGAUGGAAUCACCACCUUCUGCAAUCAGGCAAUUAUGAUAAUCACUGAUGGACUAAACAAAAACUUCAGUGAUAUCGUUCUGAAAUAUGACUUUCUUUACAACGGCACUUACAAGCCAGUACGAAUAUUUUCUUACCUGGUGGGUCAAGAGACAACAAACGAGGAAGAGAUAAAAUGGAUGUCUUGUGCUACUAAAGGUUAUUACGUUCACAUACAAGCAAUCGAACAAGUAACGUUCGCCGUAUUGGAAUAUAUCAAUGUGAUAGCUAGACCUCUGAUUCUUCAAGAGGAUGAUCACCCAGUUUCUUGGACACAUGUAUAUAUGGAUGAAACGUACAAUGAUGACUUGGAUAGUACGAUAAACGAGCCAUAUCGUAUGUUAACAUCUGCAGCUGCUCCAGCCUUUGACAAGAAAAAGAACAGGGGUACAGAUAAUUCCACAAGAAUUGCCAGUUUAUUAGGGGUUGCCGCAACAGAUGUGCCUAUUGAAAAUAUUGCACGUUUGACCCUUCCUUAUAGAAUAGGUGUUAGUGGAUACGCUUUUAUAGUCAGUAACAAUGGAUAUGUUUUAAUGCAUCCUGAUUUAAGACCUAUGGUUGGCAAUCAUAAAAUGUAUAACUACAACAGUAUUGACUUAACGGAAGUGGAACAGUUCUAUACAGUUCCACCAUUACCACCAAGAGAAUUGCCAGAAAGGCUUCUGGAGCUAAGAUCUAUGUUAAUAAAUGGUUCCAAAGGUAUCGUUAGAGAUGUUCCUUUGAAAUAUUACUACGAUCGUCUUAGAAGAGUCUCUGUUGAGGUUUAUGAUUAUUAUUUCUCACCUUUGAUCAACACUCCUUUCACCUUAGCCUUAGCCAUACCAAAAUCUCAUGGUUACAGCUUCUUAAGGGUCGAUGAUGAAAUUGACAGAAAUAGGCAUACUGGAAAUGAAUUGACCGAUUUCUUCAAGGGAAAUAAUUGGAAGAUUCAUCCCAAAUGGGUGUACUGUAAAUACCAUUACUUGGAGGGCCAUGAGUUCCCUAAUGCUGAGACUGAGCUUCUCCACUUUCUUGGAAGAAUGUACGAUCAGAAUUUCAAAUGGAGAAAUCAGUAUGAAGCAAGCGUAAAAACUGGAGAUUUUGAGAAAGAAGAUUUAGGAAAAGUGGAGUGCGGAAGAAAGAGCUUGAAGGAAGAAGAUUAUUACUGUGAUAAGAAGUUGAUUGAGAGAUUAAUUUUCGACGCAAGAAACACACAAGCUUCCUUCGACGAAACUUGGGGCUUCAUGGAAGGCGAAGAAAACCUUUUUGACCGAUACGCAGUUAAGAUGCGAUUUGUUGCCACAAUGAGUGGGCUGACUAGAUGGGAAUAUAAAAAUGACUCCGCCAUCGACGAUGCCAAAGAGUUUGGAGAGUUGCACUCAAGAGCAAUAGACGAAAGAUGGUAUAAAUCAGCUGUUCUUCAACAUCAGUAUGACAAAGAAUCAUUCGUCUACGCCAUAGCUGAUAAUGAAGAUAAUGAAGAACAUAUUUUAGUCACUGGAAGUUAUGCCAUUUUCCCCAAAGAUAAAGGUACAGAAGCACCUGGUAGUGUGGUUGGUUUUCAGUUCGGCCAAAAAGAAUUGAGACAGAGGUUCAGAGAAAUCACAACGAAACCAUCUAACGACUGUCCCCAAUGUAGCACUUGCGUUACCCUCACUUGCUAUAUAGUUGAUAAUUCGGGUUAUAUUUUGGUAGCUAACAACGAAAACUUCGCUGGUCAGUUCUUUGGUGAAAUUGAAGGAGAUGUUAUGGAGUCCAUGCUUGAAGAACAAAUUUACGAAGAGGUUAUAAUUUAUGAUUACCAGGCCUUGUGCGACAUACAGAAAAAGACUUACAAGGUUACAACACCCGCACCAAAAUCAGAGAAGCAGGUUCCAAAUCAAAACCCAAACAACAAAACUGAAGGUGCUGGCGCGGCUGAAGAAGAAGAAGAGAUUGAAGAUCACUUCUUUCCAUGUGACAACGAAGUUCAUCUUUAUGUACUUAAACAACAUUUGCUUCGAAGUCAUAAAUUCACUGGAGAAUUCAAAGCCGUAUUCGAAAAUAAAGUUUUGAAAAGAAGGGAAUAUUACGUGAAGACUAUACCUCAUAGUAAUUUGAUUUUGGUAGCAAUAAAUAACUCGUAUGGAAAAGCCAGUGACGUAAUAUUUACCACUAGACCUAAGUUUGUUCAAUAUGAUGUUAAUUUUCCAUGUUACAAAAUAGAAUUAAAUAACUUACCUCGAGGUGCACCAAGAGGAUGCUAUUUCAAAAAUGAUAAAGAGAAUGAGAUUAUGGCUUGUGGAAGAGCGGCUAAGAGGAUCCUACACCCUCUGAUAAUUUCAAUAAACCUCUGCGUUUUUUUCAUACUUAUCGUUAAUAUUAUUCGAUGAUAUUGUGAUUGUAAGCUGAAAAAAUCUUUUUAUUACUUA